ACCACUACGACAGCAACAACAACCACUCCACCAACAACCACAACCAUGGCUUCAACCACUACAUCUACUGCCCCCACAACAACUGUCCCAACAACAACAAUUACAACAUCAACAACCACUAUUGCAGAAACAACUGCUCCACCAACAACCACAACUAUGGCUUCAACCACUACAUCUACUGGCCCCACAACAACUACAGCACCAACAACCAGCACUGCUGCAACAACUGCUCCACCAACAACUACUACUGAGGUAACAGCAACCACAACUGCUCCACCAACAACCACAACUAUGGCUUCAACCACUACAUCUACUGCCCCAACAACAACUGCAGCACCAACAACCACUACUGCAGCAACAACAACUACAACUGCUGCACCAACAACCACAACUAUGGCUUCAACCACUACAUCUACUGCCCCCACAACAACUGUCCCAACAACAACUGCAACAUCGACAACCACUACUACAGCAACAACUGCUCCACCAUCAACCACAACCAUGGCUUCAACCACUACAUCUACUGCCCCAAAAACAACUGCCACCAAGAACCACUAUUGCAGCAACAACAACCACAACUGCUACACCAGCAACCACAACCAUGGCUUCAACCACUACAUCUACUGUCCCCACAACAACUAA